AUGGCGCAGUCUCUAAAUGUCAUCGCGCUGAUCUCGGGAGGCAAAGACUCGCUCUUUUCCAUACUCCACUGUCAAGCAAACGGCCACCGCGUCGUGGCCCUGGCCAACCUGCACCCGGGGCCCUUAGCCAAUGGCGAAGAACAAGACAUAGACAGUUAUAUGUACCAGACGGUCGGCCACUCUGUAGUCCCUCUAUACUCGCAAGCGCUCGAUCUGCCGCUGUACCGCCGACAAAUCACGGGUACAGCAGUCGAUUCGAACAGGGAUUAUGCGGCGCCGUUGAGAUCGUUAUCAUCAUCAUCAUCUUCUCAGCAAACGCAAAGUCAAAAACAAAAGAUAGAUGUAGAGGAAGAGCAGGGGAUAGUAGAGCAAGAGGAUGAGACGGAAGAUCUUGUCCCAUUGCUUAAACGCGUAAUGCAAGCCCAUCCAACCGCCAACGCCAUAUCCACCGGCGCAAUCCUAAGCACCUACCAGCGCACACGCGUGGAAUCCGUAGCCCUCAGACUCGGCCUCACGCCGCUGGCGUACCUGUGGCAGUACCCGCAGCUCCCGCCGUACGAGCAGUCUGCGCUCUUGCGCGACAUGCGUGCCGUUGGGCAACAAGCAAUUAUCAUCAAGACGGCUUCGGGCGGGCUCGACGCUUCCUUUUUGGGGCUGGAUGUCGCUGGUGGCCCGGCUGCUGUGGCGCGGUUGAGCAAGGCGAUGGGCAUGUUUGGUGACGAAGUGGGUGCUGGGGCGAUUUUGGGCGAAGGCGGCGAGUUCGAGACGCUGGCGGUUGACGGGCCGGGGCCGGUGUGGAAAAAGAAGAUACGGGUUGAUGGAGAGGCGGUGGUGCUGGAGGGGGGCCAGACGGUGUUUAAGGUGGUGAAGAGUUGGGUGGAGGACAAGAAGAAUGGAGAGGGGGAUGUAGGGGCGCUGAGGGUGCCCGACGUGUUUGACGACGAGUUUGCGAAGCUGUUGGAAUCCAUCGAGGAUACAAAGACGGAUGUUGUUGUACCGGAGAGUACUACCAUCCCAUCAUCAUCAUCAUCAAGUCCUACUACCCCCGCCCCCCUCCUCCCUACAAACACCAUCCGCUCAACCCCCACCCUCCUCACCAUUUCCAACCUCACCUCACCCACCCCCUCUUCAUCCCCCUCCCACCAACUCUCCUCCAUCCUCCUCCUCCUCUCCCACCACCUCUCCACCCACCAUGUCCCAAAAUCAAACAUAACCCACACCACCCUCCUCCUCCGCUCCAUGUCCACCUUCACCCUCCUAAACCCCCUCUACGCCUCCUUCUUCACCGCCAUCAACCCCCCCUCCCGCGUCACCGUCGCCUGCUCCACCGCCAUGCCGCACGGCACCGACGUUAUGCUCAGCAUCAUCGCAUCGCGCAGCGCAAAGCGAGAAGGACUGCACGUGCAGAGCACGAGUUACUGGGCGCCCGCGAACAUCGGACCAUACAGCCAGGCAAUUUCCAUCCCACUCCCUCCCCCUGCCAUCUCUUCCCCUCCUCCCUCUGCAGACCCCGAAGAUGCCCACGGAGACGCCGAAGAAGAAGGCCAGAAAGAAGUAGGAAGCACAGUCUACAUCGCCGGCCAAAUUCCCCUCCACCCCGCCUCAAUGGCGCCUUACACCUCCCGCGCAUUCCCCGGCCAAGUCGCCCUGUCGCUGCAGCAUCUGUGGCGCAUUGCCGCCGUCAAACAGCUCACCUGGUGGUGCGGUGCCGCCGUAGCUUACAUCCCUUCUUCCAUCACACACUCUCUCUCUUCCAUCCAUACAAUCCAAAAAGCCUGGCGCCACAUCCACACUUCCUCGCAUCACGCCCAAGCAUCAGAAUCAGAAUCACACCACCACGAAGAACAAGACCAUGUCGAUCCCUGGGACGCGCUGAAUAUCCAUUCUUCGUCCCCGUCCUCCUUCUCCGACAAGAUACCUCGUCCCCGCAUCCCGGAUUACACUGCUCUCCACCCCACCGCUGCCAGUGCCGACGCGCUGCCCAUACCCCCGUGUUUCGUGGCUCAAAUCUCUUCCUUGCCGCGUGGCGUCGACGUCGAGUGGAGUGCUACGGGCUUGACUUGUUCGGGUAUAAGGUUCGAGCGGGAGCCCGGCAUGACGGUGGUGACGGUCCAAGGGAGUCGCGCGCGGUUUGUCACGUUGGAGCUGCGGGGGGAGGGCGAUGUGAGUGGAUUGGCGGCACGGGAGUGGACCGCCGGUACUCUUUACGUUUCGCGGGAUUCGGCGUUGGGGGAGCGGCUGGGGGGUGUGGUGGCCAAGGGAGGUGUGCAGUGGGUUCCUUGUGAGCGGGUGUGGGGGGAGCAAGGGAACGAGGUUGGGGCUGUGUUUGUGGGACGGGUGGAUGAGUGA